AUGUCCAGCAGACAACAGCAGCUGGUCCGCGAAGCGCUGGAGGAAUACGAACGUAACGACCCAACGUUCCCGAAAGCAUGCCUACUUUGUUUAUCAGCAGCCGACGCUGACGAACUAGAUUCAUCAAUUGUCAGUGACGAACUGAAGCGCAAGCUGGGCCAGGUGUUUCCGUUUACGAUUCAUCUUUACAGCGUCAAUUGCGUAAUAUGCACAGAUUGCCUCGAACGGGUCAAUGAUUUCUACCUCUUCACGGAACGGGUUCGUCGCAAUCAAUCGACUCUGCAAGCGCAGCAAUUGAACAUCAGUCGUGUGCAGGAAGAAAAUCUUAAACUCCUGCAGCAUGCCAAUGUGACAGAAAUCGGUGCUGCGGAAAACAAUGAUGCAGUUCAAAGUGGCAGAAGCAGACAGACGAAAUCACGGAAGGAAUCCAUACAGGAGCUCGCACAAAGCCAGCUGAUCGACGAGUUCUAUCGUAUGGAGUGCACAAUAUGUAACCAGCGGAUAGUGGGCUGGUCGAAACUAAGGCUCCACUACCGGAAUCGCCAUCACACGGAUGCGUGGGUAACGUGUUGCAAUCGAAAGCUCACUCAACGUUCGAUGUUAGUGGAUCACAUUGCUCUUCACAUGGGACUGGCGCCAUUCGCCUGCGAGCUUUGCAAGCGCCGUUUCCGCCACGCCAACUCGCUACAAGUGCACCGCCAGAAGGCGCACACCGUCUAUCGACCGUUCCGUUGCACCCAGUGCCCGAAGGCAUACAGCACGCGCGUGCUGCUGAAGCAACACGAAGCGUGUCACGUGCGCGUGAAGUGUUCAAAGUGCGACUAAAUCCUGGCCAACGUCAGCUCCCUGCGGUGCCACAUGAUCUACCGGCAUGGGCGUGAGGAAGCGCUCGUUUGUGACCUGUGUGGUCGGACACUGGGAACGCGCCAUGCACUAAAGCAACACUUGAUGUAUCACCAUGGCAACAAAGAACAGUGUGCUGCCUGUGGCCGCUGGUAUAGCCAGAAAACGAUCAAAGGGCAUCGAUUGGCGCACGAGCGGGUUGACGAGCGGUACCGGUGCGCGCACUGUCAGCGAUCCUUUCUGAGUGUCACGUUUUUGAAGGCUCACCAUUUGCACGAACAUGGCCUGCCGCGGCACGAGUGUGAGUUGUGCGGUAAGCGAUACAAGUACAGUAUCGGGCUCAGGCAGCACAUUGCGACACACUCGGGCGUCCGAUUGUACCAGUGCCCGGAGUGUGAGUUCACGACCAACAAUAAGGGUAACUUUUAUACCCAUCGCAAACGCAAGCAUCCGGCGGAUGUUACCGGCGAGUCGAACCAGCACGGCGCCGCCCCUGCGAUUGAGGAACCGACGACCCUACAGACCGCCACCGGCCGUACGAGCAGCGGCAAUGAAACUAUUCUCUUGAACGCUGGCGCGCUCUUGCAUAGUGAUUCACUCUUUAGGGGGGGGAUGCAGUUGGUGCAGCUGCAGGAUGUGGACCUGGCAGAAGGCCAAGUUACUGAAAUGGAAGGACACCAUUUAUUGCGUGGCGAGAAACUCGAAAAAAGUAUCAAAGAAGAGCGGUACUCAAAAAAUCAAAUAACCUUCGAAAUAAGUUAUGUCGAUGGGACGGAGGUGUUUCUCCAUGGUAACGAGCUGCAGUUUUCCACUUUCUAG